AUGACGGAGAUCGCGUCGCCCAGCCCAACAGACGCAGUUCCGCCUCUAGCUCCCGGCGACAAUGCUCAACCCUCCGAACCACCACCAUCCACGCCGGAGCUUGAGACGGCUCAAACUGUCAAAUCAGACCCCGACGAGUUACCCGGAUCCACAAGCGGACACGAUACCAACAAAAUAACGCCUGGGAACUGCACCGAACAGCUGUCUGAGGCCCAAACCCCACAUAGCAAUGGCGUCCACACGCAGCAGCCGACGAGGACAGACGAGGACGGCCCUCCCGCGAAACGGCGUCGAGUGCGCGAUACCACACCAAACAACUCCGCGCGGAAACCGAAACCGGAGUCCCCGCCAUGGAAGAAAAUCGAAGCGGAGGGCCCGUCUACAUUCAAGGGGGAGGACGGCCGACGGAAAUCAGGGCGUAUCAAUACCGUACCCCUCGAGCUUCAGCCAGGCGACAAGCGUAUAACGAGGCGAGUUUUACACACUGGACAUCCCACCCCGACAACAAGCCGAAAUACGACGACAAACGGCCACGCGUCGACACCCACGAGUGCAAAUGCCAAGCGCGCCGCAGCUUCCGCAAAGCAGGCUCCUACGAAGCAAGCAUCGAACAAGGCCCCACUUCGAAAAUCCGCGACUUCACAACAUGAACCCAAGCCAAGCACUCGCGCUCGCCGGCGGUCCGGUUCCCCACGACGUCCUGCUGCGCCAUUAAAACAAUUUGUCGGCACGCGUCGAUCGACCCGUCACUUGCGAGACGCAGAAGAUGAUGGCGACUCCGAGGUCACGUCAGCGGCGACUCGCAUCAACCUACGCGCUCGACCACCGUUAACGACGAUACCCCUUGUUCACCGUGAACAGGCAAACCUCCGACCGAAGCUCGGGCCGACCUUUGAAGAGUUUUUGGAUCGUGCAACAGAGAUUCCGGUGGAACAGGGGGGGCUACUCGUAGCUGCUGAAGAUGGCCCUGGAUACACGGAGGAGACGGUGGAGGAAGAUGCCCGGAUCAUCUUGCGGGUCGAGAAGGAGGUGGAGCCGGGCGGGAUUCUCACGGAAACGAGGUGCUCUGUUUUUGAGCCCGAAGCGGUGGAGGAACCGCGGCAGUGGGCGCACGCUGACCAUCUUGUCAAAGCUAUGGCUCACUUACGGAAGUUGAUGCUUUCUGAACAACAACGACAUCGCGCUGCGGCUAAGAAAUUGGCCAUCGCGUGCCAGGCCGAAUGGAGACGACGGAAUCCGCAACCAAAAACAGUGGAAGAGAUUGAGUUUGAAGAGACUGAAAAGAGCAAGGUGAGGUGGCGUCAUGUCAACAGGAUCAUGGCCGCGACUUGGGAAAAUGUUAGGAUCGAGGUGAACCGCCGUCGAUUAGCCGACUGGGAGGCAGAAGAGCAACGCCGUGUGAAGGCGGCCCUCAACCAGGCCGUCAACCUUUCAGAACAGAAACUGUUAGCUCAGCAGACCCGCCCCGACACCGAGGAGCUGUCUGAUGACGAGCUCACCGACGAUUUGAUAUCUAACGUUGACUCUGACGAGGACCUGGAUGUCGAAUCGGUGGCGCUGGCGAAUCUUUCUGAUGAAGAUGGGGAUGAUGAGGACAACAUGUCGUCGUCCGAGGAUGAGGAUGAUAAGGCAUCCGAACUGUCGGACGAAGGACUUACUCAAGACCAGCUCCGAGAGAAAUACGCCAACCUGCCAGCCUUGGACCCUGCCCUGGACGAUGCGACGCCUGCGGACGAAGCCACAACGCCGGCGCUAGGUGACGACGACACGAGUGACGAGUCGGUUGACAUGGAUGAUGAUUUGGGGUCGUCUGAGGACGAAUCGGAAGAAGACGAUGAAGAGGAAGACGACGCCAGUAACGACGACGGGGAUGGAUCUGAGGGCGAACUCUCCGGUUUGCUCGGGCUAUUUUUCGGCAAGUCGGAGCUGAAGAAGUUGCAGGACGAGGCCCCGGGAGACGAUGCGGAUGCAGAUGAUGUGGACAUGAUCGAUGCUGGUGCUAUCGAUGAAACCGAGCCGGGUAUGGACGUAGGUGGGGACGCCAUCAUUGAAGGUACUGCCCAUCAGCCCGCGGCCGACCCGUCCGUAUCUACAGCGCCUCCGGGAGAGCAAGUAAAGGAGCAGGAAACAUCCAGUGCCCUUAGUUCGCUGCCGGUGGGUGGGAGGCUUGCGGAAGGAGUCUCGAGCGAACUUGCCGGGCCGGUUUCUCCGUCGAGGACAACGGACCCCGUAACAAGCGGCGUUACAGCCUCAGCAACACCGGUUUCGGGCGAUAUGCCUGUGAUCGGCCAGCCUUCCGAAGACGACGUCACAAUGGAGGAUGUUCCGGAGCGGGCAGAAUCCACUUCAGGCGCUGAUGGGCUCGCGAUACCUUCUGUACAACACCCUAGUCCGGAGACAGAACCAACCACGAAUGUCCAUAGCCCCUCUCGGAGCCAGUCGCCGAGGGCGUCAGACGAUACCAAGCCGACUGAUGUGGAAACACCGGCGUCCCUGUCCCUGCUCAACGCCCCAAAGACGGACAGUCGGUCCACGUCGCCGCAGCUGCCCGCACCAAAAACCGAGAUACCGUUUCUCCUGCGCGGGACGCUUCGCGAAUAUCAGCAUCUUGGCCUCGACUGGCUCGCGGCUUUGUAUUCGAACAACACGAACGGCAUUCUCGCUGAUGAGAUGGGCCUCGGCAAAACUAUCCAAACCAUUGCGCUGUUGUCUCAUCUGGCGUGUCACCACGAAGUUUGGGGUCCUCACCUCGUCAUCGUCCCCACGAGUGUGAUGCUCAACUGGGAGAUGGAGUUCAAAAAGUGGUGCCCGGGUUUCAGAAUCCUCACUUAUUACGGCAACCAGGACGAACGCAAGCGGAAGCGUCAGGGGUGGACGAACGACGAUGUGUGGAAUGUCUGCAUCACGUCUUACCAGAUGGUUCUCCAGGAUCAGCAGGUGUUCAGACGGCGACGGUGGCAUUACAUGAUCCUAGACGAAGCGCACAACAUCAAGAACUUCAAGUCGCAGCGGUGGCAGACCCUCCUCGGCUUCAACACUCACUCACGAUUGCUACUUACCGGCACGCCCCUACAGAACAACCUAACAGAGCUCUGGUCGCUUCUGUACUUUUUGGCCCCACCCGAAAAUGGUGAAGGCGGGUUCGUCGAUUUGAAGGAGUUCCACAAUUGGUUCUCGCGGCCGGAAUCGCAGAUUCUGGAGAGCGGGCGGGAACAGCUGGACGAUGAAGCACGCGCCAUCAUCUCGAAGCUUCACAAGGUCCUUCGCCCGUACCUCCUACGCCGGCUCAAGGCCGAUGUUGAGAAACAGAUGCCGGCCAAAUACGAGCAUGUCGAGUUCUGCCGGCUUUCCAAACGCCAACGCGAGCUGUAUGAUGGUUUCCUGUCCCGCGCAGACACGCGAGAGACCCUUAACUCGGGGAACUACAUGUCCAUCAUCAACUGCCUCAUGCAGCUCCGGAAGGUGUGCAACCACCCGGACCUGUUUGUGGACCGGCCCAUCAUGACAUCGUUUCGCAUGCAACGGUCGGUUGCCACGGACUUUGAAGUCGGCGAGCAGCUCAUCCGACGGAAGCUGCUGGCUGUCAAACCCAUGGAGACGGUGAGCCUCAGCUUUCUCAACAUGAUCCCCACGCGGUAUGAAGGCACAUCGGGCGCAGACGCGGACCGGAUCUCGCAGCUCAGCACGCACCGCAUCCUUCUUGAUCUUAGGGAGGCCCAGAAGACGCGAGCCAACAAUGCGUACCACACUUUGGACCCGGCGUCUGUCAAGUCAAACCUGGUCUAUCUGGAAAGCGCCGCGCGAUGGGGCCGAUUCGAAGAGCUGCAGCAUUGUGUGUACCUCAACGCUCUCCGACGCCAGCAGCGGCCGAUUUACGGAAAGCGGCUCCUUGACCUCCUGACGUUUGACACGCACCGCCGACCGUACAAGCAGCGCCCCAAGGUACCGCAGAAGGUCAUGAGCUGGUUCGAGGAGGAUUCAUACCUGCUGCACAACGCUAUCCCGACGCUGCAACAACGCGCGGGCUCGAUGGAGACCACGAUAAGCAAGUUCGCUUGCGUGACCCCGGCUGUCGUCACGGGCGAUAUGACCAGGCUGCUGCUAGGGCCCAAAGGCGUGCAAGCGUUUGAGGAGACAGAUCUGAAGCUGUCAGCGCCCGUCCGGUAUGCGCCGUACAUGCCCAAGGAACGACCACCGGACCCCUGGCACGAAUCCCGCAUGCGGUUAUCCAUCCAGUUCCCCGACAAGCGACUCCUGCAAUACGACUGCGGCAAGUUACAGGCCCUCGACAAGCUCCUCCGCCGGCUCCAGGCCGGGGGUCACCGCGCCCUAAUCUUCACGCAAAUGACCAAGGUCCUCGACAUCCUCGAACAAUUCCUCAACAUCCACGGACACAAAUACCUACGCCUCGACGGCGCAACCAAAGUCGAGCAACGCCAAAUCCUCACCGACCGCUUCAACCACGACCCCCGCAUCCUCUGCUUCAUCCUCUCCACCCGGUCCGGCGGCCUCGGCAUCAACCUCACAGGCGCCGACACAGUCAUCUUCUACGACCAAGACUGGAACCCAGCCAUGGACAAACAAUGCCAGGACCGAUGCCACCGCAUCGGUCAAACGCGCGACGUGCACAUCUACCGGCUCGUCAGCGAGCACACCAUCGAAGCCAACAUCCUGCGCAAGGCCAGCCAGAAACAGAUGCUGGAUGACGUCGUCAUUCAGGAAGGCGAGUUCACAACGGAUUACUUCAACAAACUUGCCAUUCGCGACGUCAUCGGCACUAACGGCGAGGUAAUCGGCACUAACGAAGACGAUGUCGCGGCCAACGCGGCUAUGGACCGCGUGCUAGGCGGCGUUGUCAGCGGUGGUGGUGAUGCGGGUAACGGGGACGCCAACCGUGGAGUUGGUAGUGGUGCGCAUAACCCGCGGGGUGCGGGCCGCGCGCUGCUGGAGCAAGCCGAAGAUAAAGAGGAUGUCGCAGCCGCGCGGCAGGCGGAGAAGGAAAUCCAGCAGGACGAUGCCGACUUUUUGGAACCGCAGUCAGCAUCCGGCGCAGCAUCCGGGUCAGCGACUGUAGCUCAGGGUACGCCGAGGGAGGGGACCGUCGAGCCGCUGUCUGCUGCUAGUGUUGGGGUGCUUGGCGACGACGGGGAAGAGGAAGCGAAGGUGGUGGAACACAACGCGUUUGGGGGACGGAUGCAUACGGUGGAUGAUUACAUGGUGCAGUUUAUGGUCAAGGCGUUGGAGGGCACGCCGUUGGAACUGCCGAAGGAUAAGAAGAGGAGUCGGAAGCGGGGGAAGGAUACUCGGAAGCGCUAG